UAGUGAAAAGUAAUGCAAAUCGUUAACGAAGAACAAUGUUCUUGAAUUCAAAUUUAGAACACGUGCUUUUAUUUUGACACCACGAACCGGAAGUCCUUCUAUAUUUGAUUGGUUUGAGCGUUUCUUCAUUGCUUUGCAGUUUAGCGAUGCAGCAACGAGAAGAGAAACAGUUGGAAGCGUCGGUGGAGUCGCUCAUCUCUCGGGUGGCACACGUCAAAAACGCUCUUCACAGUUUCAUUUACAAGCUGGAAAAUGAAUAUGAGCGAUUAACGUGGCCUUCUGUUUUGGACAACUUCGCUCUUCUAUCUGGUCAACUGAACACUAUCAAUAAACUGCUCAAGAAUGAGAAGACGCCAUCCUUUCGCAGUCAGGUUAUAAUACCGCUGCUUCUGUCUCCAGACCGAGAUGAGGAUUUAGCGAAACUCACAGAGCAGCGUGUCCCAGUGUUCAGCCAUGAGAUUGUGCCGGACUACUUGCGGACCAAGCCUGAUCCAGAGGUGGAGGAACAGGAGAAACAGCUGAGUGCAGAUGCAGCACGAAUCGGCCCAGACGUUGCACAGAAACAGAUCCAGACAUUGAAUAAACUGUGUUCCAAUCUGCUAGAGAAGCUCAACAAUCCUCGUGAAGACAGAGAUGCAGAAAGUGCAGCGAUAAGACAGAACAAACCUUCUUUUAACCCCGCCGACACGAAUGCAUUGGUUGGAGCUGUCGCAUUUGGAAAGGGGCUUUCCAAAUGUAGGCCUCCGGGUCCGGUCGCCCCUGGACAUCCAGGACAAGGGCCCAUGAUGAGUGGAGGUCCAACCUUACAGCAGGUCACCAUUGGUGGUGGCUCUGGCCAGCAAGCAGGUAUGGGAGGACCUGUGGCUCCACAGCAGCAAGGGCAGCCAGGAAAAAUGCCAAGCAGCAUCAAGACAAACAUCAAAUCUGCGUCCAGCUCAAUGCAUCCGUACAACAGAUGAACUCCUUACUUAUUUCUUUAUCCAACAUUUGUCACAUUUCUCACCUACAGGAAUGACAGCAGAAUGUUCAGUCUGAUGAACCGAAUUAUUUUUAUGGAAAGGAUGAAGCUCUACAAAGUCUGCUCUUUAAAGCUGUUACGCUGCCACUCUUAUUGUUGAGUGAAAUGAUCUCAAACAUAAAUAUUUGCGUGGAUCAGGAUACAUAUUUUCAUAUUUGAAUCAAUGUCUGAGACUUGGUGUAGGAGCCACUAGAUGGCAGUGUGUCAUCAUUUGUUGGAUUGUAACAGCUUGUAUUUUUGAACUGAACUGACUCCUUCAAUAAAAUAUGUAGUAAAAAACUA